AUGCCACCACCCUUUGCCCUCAGGGACAACGGGCUCCCAGCCACCCUCUGCCACCGAGCACCUGGUGCCACCUCAGGGCCUCACGGGGCUCUGGCCAAGCUGGAAGCUACAGCUGCUUUGAGGUCAGUGCCAGACCCUGCCCGUGUCCACAGGGCCACGCUGACCUUCACAGCCCCAGCCACCCUGGCUGCCACCCUGGGGACCGCACCCACCCAUCUGGACUCCUGCCCCAGGGCCCCCACUCAUGGCCCCUGUGACCUCAGCUCUGGACUCAGCGGUCUGCCUUCAGCCUCUCUCGGCCCUGAAUGCCUAGUUCCCCCACGCCAAGUGUUGGCAGACGAAGAGUUGGACGGCAGGGUUCUUAGGAACCCCCAGGGUCCUGGGGCUCUAGACAGUGAGCCCCUGCUGGGGGCCAGAGCCACAGCCUGCCCCUGGGCCGGACAGGCAAAGGAGGAGGACGCGGGGGGGCAGGUGGGAGGGCUGGGGGAGGAGGAGUGCCCCAUCUGCACAGAGCCCUGUGGGCCGGGUGAGCACCGCCUGGCCCUGCUGAACUGUGGCCACGGCCUGUGCGUGGGCUGCCUGCACCAGUUGCUGGGCACAGCCCCCGGCGCCAGCCUGGGCCACGUAUGCUGCCCCCUGUGUCGCCAGAAGACGCCCAUGCUUGAGUGGGAGAUCUGCCGGCUGCAGGAGGAGCUGUUGCAGGCAGAUGGGCCCCAGGGCCCCCCGCCCCCUACGACCCCCGCUCCUCCCCUGCCCCGGGGCCCUGGGCCCUGGGCCUCCCUAGAGCACCGCUACCAGCUGCGCUUCCUGGCAGGGCCUGUGGGCGGCCAGGGCUGCCUGCCCUUCCUACCGUGCCCGCCCUGCCUGGGUGCACGGCUCUGGGCCUUGCGGGAACGAGGGCCUUGCCCCCGCCGCCUCGCCUUGUUGGGCCUGCUGGCCCUGGAGCUGCUGGGUCUGUUGCUGGUCUUCACGCCACUCAUGCUGCUGGGGCUGCUCUUCGUGCUGCUGGACCGCUCCGGCCGCUGAGCGGGGCCUCCUAUGCCUGCGACCGGCACCCCUGGGGCCGCCACCAGACCAGGAGACCCAGGCUGGCCCUGAGGCCUGAUGACCGAACUGAACAGCCGGAGACUGGCCUCCAUCCAGACCCAGGUCUGGGGCCAGGCCACCCAGGAGCCAGAGACUUGGGACCACCCUGCCGCCUGCCGCAGACUACCGGCGCCCACUGGCAGUGCUGGAGGAGGCCUGCGGCCAGGCCCCGUACCGACAGCACACUGUCCUCACCACUUCUCCCUGCCCCACCCGGCCCAUCUGCAAGAGGGACACGGCGGACACGGAAGUGAACCCAGAAGGCUGGUAGUGAGCGGACUCCUUGACAAGGGUGGGGCCCUGGGGGGGGGCUGCGGGGGCCCCACCUUGCGUUCCAGAUAAGAGCCAGUGUGUAUCCCCUGAAGGGCAGGGCAACAGAGGGGAGGGGUGCGCACCAUGCCAGCUCAGGCUGCAGACAGCUUCCUCACUCACUGGGUCAGGACCCAAGGGGCUGGCGGGAGCCGCUGGGCGUCCGGCACCCAUCCCUGAACAACUAGGCCUUCGGGCUGGAUGGCACUGACCCGAGGCCCCUGAGUGCCCGGUAACCUCCUGUCAUUGAGCUUGGGGCCUUUAUCUAAAGGACAGACACAAUCAGCACGACCGCCCAGGGUCACGGGUGACACGCUGAGUGCUCCGCCCAGCACGAGAAACUGCUCUCAAUACACAGCACCUGCUACCGAAA